AUGGAGGAGCUGUUAAAGGAUCUCUCCAGUACAGAUGAUGAUCAAGGUGUUGCUGCUGGGUCAAUGGAGUGUGCGGCUUUGUCAUCACCGAGAGCAGGUGCUACAAAUAUCCAAAACGAGAGGGAGAGAAGAAUCUCUUCCGACCAAGGACCUGAAACCAAUCCUCGUGUAGAGGAAACUGUAGGCCUCAUCAGAGAUACAGCCGGGCGUGAGCAUUUCAUCGGCCCAUCUGGAAGCCUGCAGUUUCUGGGCCAGCUCCGGAGGUUGAUUCUUAUCUCUCGCAGCGAGCAUUUCGUUGGCUCCCCAGCGUCUACUCAGCUAACGGCUACGUUCGUGGAGGAAGAUGCAGCUCAGGCUCUUGAGGCAGAUGGAAAACAAAAUGAGCUCCCCGAACGGUCUUCUAGAGUCACCGGUAGUACCAACGAAGACCGACAGAUCGACGAGCGCUCCCCUGCUUCACUGGGGUCUGCUCUGGUCUGGGAUUUCGCCAGCAUCCCCGUUGAUGACAUCGAGAAGACCAGAAAACAGCUUCCGCCUCGACAUGUUGUCGACUCGCUGGUAAGACUGUACUUUAAAGACGUACACCCAGACUUUCCAUUAUUCCAUCGCGGGACCUUCGCGGAAGAAUACGAGACAUACAUGUCUACGGGGCGGUGUUCUCAGCAGCAGACACGAGCGAGUAUGCAUCCGUCAUCGUCUACCGUACCCGAGCCUGGCUGGCUAGGCUGUUUGCACAUGAUGAUUGCCUUUGGUUCCCUGUCCAGCCCCUCUGACGUUCCUCCCAAUAUCGACCUUACUUCCCUUUCUCAACAUUGUGUCCGCCUAACCCGACAGCUGCUGCCGCAUUUGAUCUCCAGAUGCACUCUUUCCAACAUCCGAGCCCUUCUUCUUCUCUCCCUUUUCCUCCACAACCACAACGAACGCAAUGCGGCCUGGAACCUGGUCGGAACCGCUAUGCGUUUGUCCUUCGCUGUCGGCUUGCAUCGAGCUAGCGACAACAGGUUUCACUUUCGGCCCAUGGAGAGGGAGGUGCGCAAGCGUGUCUUUUGCACAAUCUACAGUUUCGAACAGUUCCUCGCGUCCAGCCUGGGGAGGCCGAGUGGGUUCUACGACUUCGAAGGCGUGGAGAUAGUCCCUCCCUGUGAGGGAGUGCUGGACGGCGGUCACGAUGAGGAGGACGAGACUAUGAAGCUUUCGCUGGAGCUGCAGAUUAUCCUGGCUAAGGCGAGGGUAUCAAUUGCAGUGAAGACGCUGCCUGUGGGUUGCGACGAAAGAAGCAUGGACAGCUUGGCUCGGCAAGAGCAGUCUUCGAGGGAGACCCUAGAGGCUUUGAAUCAGUGGAGGAACGUCUUGGCCUCACGCCACGUGCUGAACAUUCCCUUCAUUGGCGAGGCCGAAGAUCUCCUUUGCCAAGGCGUCCAGGAGGCGCCGCUGAUGUCGUUGCAAGAGCUGAAAGCAAUGAUGGGCUGGCAGAGUCGACAUCGGCUUCGAACCGGUCUGGUGCUGCACCUCCAGUACAGAUACAUUGCCGUUCUAGUCACACGCUCUUCUUUGCUGCUAUAUGUUGCAUCCGCGCAGCGCAGUGAGGAAGAGCUCCCCGCCGCUCUUAGCCGGAGUAAGCGUGCCAAUGAUCAGUACUCCGGGCCUGUACGGGAGCGCCUGUCGGAUGUCUGUGUUACGCACGCCGUGCAGCUCUGCCGUCUCAUCUUGCUUGCCGACUCCUUCGACCUGGUGAACGGCAUCUCGGCUAUGGACAUCUUCUACGCCUACUGUGGCGUUAUGGUGCUCAUCCUGCGAUCGCUUCGGAUUUCAAUCUCUGCGAGCCACUGCCACGACCAGCACGAGGCGCACCUGCAGAUGGAGUUGCGCCAGCUGAUCGCUCAGACGAGAGAGGUGCUCAUGCGCGUAAACAAGUGCAGCACGAUGAAGCGGUUCGCACGCGUCGUAGCAACAUUUGAGGACGGAUCAAAACAUGAUAACACCGACCCUGCUGUACCGGUCGCCGACCAUUCGAGAGACGGUCGGAUGGCUACAGCGGGAAAGAAUGCGCAGGUGGCCCCUGGGAUUCGGACUCGGCUAACUGACCCUGUACAUUCUACGUCGGACGGCCGGCGAGCCAGCAACCUGGCAGCUGCUCCGGGAGCAGGUAUAUCGCAUGAUACUUUCUCACUGUCUGCCUCGCAGCAGGACCCCAUCAGCCUCCAGCAUGAGCAAAGUACCGGGGUUAUGCCAAGGCUCGGCAUCCCAGAGGCCUCCUGGCGGCCAAACUUUCUGACGUCCUUUGAUGGAGAACCGGAUACUAGCGGUUGGAUGGACUCAUUGCUCGCCCCGGACGGGACUCUCGUAGUGGACUGGGGUGAUAUCGAAUCCCUCUUGGCAAGAAAUUCGGGGCAAUGA